AUGGACAUCAUGGACUCGCCGCCGCGCGCACAAUGUCUCGACCCCGUGCUGCCUCCCAUGCCGCGCCGGCAAUCGUGCGACCGUUGCCACGAACAAAAGGUCCGCUGCGUUACAGAAGGGGCGAAUGGGGCCAUGGCUCUCGGGGGCAUCACGGAAGAGGGCGAUUCGAACCCGGACGGACACGUUGUCGCACCGAUUCCCUGUGGGCGGUGUCGUAAGGCGGGGACGGUUUGCGUCUACAGUCGCAACGUUGGCCUCGGUACUUUCGACCACUCCCAAGAAUCCACCCACGAGCCUAUCCCGCCUCGGACGGUGUCCUCUCCCGUUGCCGCUUCACCGGCUUGCGAACAAUUCACUCAUCACCACAACCUGGGUCUAGACACCCCACCGCCCACCGAGGACUGGCAAACACCGUCCUACCGCUGCGACAGCACCCAACCCCUGACAAACAUGUGCCCAUCGUCUUCGUUUCCGGCGGUACCGGAUGUCGCAUACGCGCCCCUUUUCCAAGACCCCGCUGCUAACCUGGUUCCGGCUGCCGAGGACAUCGUUGGUGGCUAUUCAUGGGGCUUCCCUGCAUCCUCGGACUAUUUCCUCGAAGAUCUAGCGCAGAUCAACCUCCGCAUCCACCUUGCGGGGCGCGCCCUACCCUCGCCAGCGGGGUCACCACCGCCAUGGACGUGGCCCGCAGCCAACGACAGCUUCGACGCCGCCUGCUCGCUGAUCGACGCCGUCGACCGCUUCGCCGCCCGGCGGCCAAUCCCAGCGUUCCCAGAGCCCUCAUCCAACCCACAAACAAACAGCGGCACCAUCAACGCCGCGCUAGACUCGUCGGCGUGUCUGAUGGUGCACGCAUCGCACCAAGCCCUGCUGGGCGUGUUCGAGCACCUGUCAACCGCGCUGCUGCUCCACCUAAGUGCCGAGCAGCACCAACACACCCCACCGCGCACCCCACCAGACGCGGCAUUCCUCCCUCCCGGCAACACCCAAGCCCUGAUCAUGACCAACCUCAUCAGCCACCUUCUCAACCAACUCGACCGCGCCUUCCUAUCACUCUCAACCUCAACCCCUUCACAUCCACACCCCCAACACCACCACCACAACCACAACCACAACCACAACCACAACCACCACCAACCCCCACACCAACACCCGGGCCACAAACCAAACCCAAACAUCCUCCGCUCCAUGGCCAUCCCCACGGGGCUACCGCCCCCCGAAACAGACACCACCAUCAGCAGCACCUGGCACGGGAGCGGCGCGCCCGCAGACACACUGUUCAACGAGAUGGCGCUGAGGCAGAGGAAAGUUAGGGGGCAAGUCAAGGCUGUGGAGCGGUUGUUGGGGCGGGACUCGGCGGGGAGGGGGCAUGAGGUGUAG